GCGUCUCUCCUCGGUCAUCACUCGUGAUCAGCUUCAGUCACAGUCGCCAUGGCUCUCAAGUUCGUCCUGCUCUCCGCCCUCGUAGCCGCCGCCCUCGCCCGCCCCGAUACGUCUUACCGCCCUCCCGCAUCCUCCUACCACGCCCCCGCCCCAGACGCGCCGCCCAGGUACGACUACAACUACGCCGUGGUGGACGACUACUCCGGCAACAACUACAAUGCCCAGGAGGCGCGCGACGGCUACGACACCCAGGGAUCCUACUACGUGCUACUGCCCGACGGCCGCCGGCAGAGGGUCACCUACAACGUCAACGGCGACUCAGGCUUCCUGGCCGAGGUGACCUACGAGGGGGAGGCCCAGUAUGCCCCCCAGAGCUACGCCCCAGCCCCCUCCUACAGGCCAGCGCCCACCCCGCCAGCCUACCAGUGAGCACCCUGCAGAACACACUGUACACAAUUAUUUAUUAAACCAUUCAUGACCUGUA